GACCAUGUACAUGUGCGCGCUGUGCGUAGAGGGCCCGUUCAGCUGCCUACUCUCGGAAGUGUUUUGUGCCCGACGCCCAUGUCGUGGAUGUCGACGAAGACCCGCACGAAACCGUGUUUGUGGCUGCUCCUGAAUGGGUCUUGAGCCAGGGCCAGUCGAUGGCCAUCAGAAAGAAUUUCCAGAUCCGCGGAACGAUGCCCUUGCUCAACGCGCCCAAAAACACGCCCAAGACCAAGGCCAUAACCAGGGCGACAAUGCUUGCGAGUGCGCGAUUGAAAUCAACGACAAGGAUGUGUGGAUCUGCAGCAAGUGCGAGCGCAGUUGCCACACGCUAUGCUAUAAGCAGGACAAGCCCGGCUCACUUUGCCUUACGUGUCGUAUAAGAGGUGACUGCACUACCAUGUCCACAUUCUACCUCAGGCAGCUGAUGCUGACUCGCCGGAUGUCUAGCAUGCUACAGCACAAACCGAAUGGAAAGCUGGCGUGGUUGGUCAAGUCGCUGGGCUCCAAGGACAGCAAGGCGCGAGACACAACCAAGAUUGCUCAGGCUCUAGACAUCGUGGAGGUCAACAGGACAAUCCGCCCCUUCGCGUUCAAGUUAAUCCCCGGGACAAUGUCACAGGUAGCCGGCCUGCUGUUCAGCGAGGACAUCAAAGUUCUCGAAGCAGUAAUAGCCCAACCCUUUCGCGACAUCGUCACCGACCGCAGCGCAAAAAAUAAUAAUGUCGAAGGAUGCAGUAGCAGUAGCAGCGCAGGCAGUAAUUGGUUGAACUAAAAAGUUUAAAACCCUCAAUUUUAAGCGAGUCCUUAAGUUUUCAUUUACUGCCACUGUAAACUGGGCGGUCUCAGCCUUGACAAAUAAAAUUGAACUGCUCUGGAACGGCAAGCCAGAGCGCGGCAAAACAAUUUAGUUAAAUCGAAAUUGAUUUUCGUUUUUGACGAUGAUGAUGAUGUUCGAGUUCAAUUUAUCAUAACAAAAAACAACUGAAGACAAACAAAAAAAACGAGUUUUCCG